UGGUUCUAACCUUCAUAAUUCUGUUUUUGCCGGAUUGAUUGUUUUGAAUUUAGUUUAUUAUAUUGUGAUGUGCUGAAUAGCUUAAUAAAACUUCACCAAGCAAAAUGGAACCUACUGGAUACCUUAUCGAUGAGAAAAUACAAAUUUUCUUCGAUGAAUCGUUUGUUCUCAAAAAGGAAGAAGAAGGGAGUUUUGAAACAUGUGAUAAUGGAAAUUUGAAUAUUGUCGAAGAAUUUUUUGAUGAAAGUCAGGUCAGAGAAAAAUUAAUGGCCAAAAUUGAAAGUAAUGAUAAUUCUAAUGACCCAUCUGAACAAAGUGUUCUUUGUGAUGUUAAAAUGGAGGAAAACAGUGAAGAUAAUUGCCAAUUAAUCUCUGAACAUGAGGUUAAUGAGAAAAUUCUUGAGUCAACUCAACAAGAUUGUCAAUUUUGUGAGUUCUCAUCUCAAAAUGAAUUUGAACUCAAUUAUCAUAAAAUCACUAUUCAUUCAAAUGAAAAACAAUAUAAGUGUGAUCAAUGUGAUUAUACUUCGAAUCAAAAAGGUCAUGUGAAAACGCAUGUAAAAUUUGUUCAUUUGAAUUUGAAGCAAUAUAAGUGCAAAAUGUGUGAUUAUGCUUCAAAUGACAAAUCUUAUCUAAAAACACAUGUAGACUCUAUUCAUCUAAAUUUAAAACAUCAGUGUCAUAUAUGUGACUUUGAAACCAAUUGGAAAACAUGUCUCAAAGUACAUGUAGAUUCUGUUCAUUUGAAAUUGAAGCAACACAAGUGUCAUUCUUGUGAUUUAAGGUUUAAUCAAAAAGUUUCUCUAAGAGCCCAUAUAGAUUCUGCACAUUUAAAUUUGAAACACCACAAGUGCCACUUAUGCGAUUUUAGUUCACAUCUGAAAUCUUCUUUAAAAAAACAUAUUGAAUCUGUUCAUUUGACUUUGAAGAAACAUAAAUGUGAUUUGUGUAAUUUUGCUACUAAUUAUAAAUCGCAUCUCAAUAGACAUAUAAAUUCUAGUCAUUUAAAUGAAAAAAAAUAUAAAUGCCAAAUAUGUGAUUUUGCUACAAAUCGUAAUUACUCUCUAAAAUUACAUUCAUCUAUUCAUUUGAAUUUGAAGCAAUACAAGUGCCACUUAUGUGAUUGGGCUACUAAUCAAAAACCUUCACUCAAAAAACAUAUAGAUUCUGUUCAUUUGAAUUCGAGGCAACAUAAGUGCAAAAUAUGUGAUUUUGCCACAGAUAGGAAAGCUAAUCUAAAGAGACAUAUCAAUUCUGUUCAUUAGAAUUCGAAGCAAUAUAAGUGUGAUUUAUGUGAUAAUACUUUCAAUCAAAAAUCUGAUCUGAAACGUCAUUUUGAUUCUUUUCAUUCGAAAUCUAAGGUACAUAAGUAAAAUUUGUAAGAUUUUUCAAAGAAAUCUUUGUUCUUAAAUGAAAUGAAUAAUAUUUUGUAUAAUUGUUCGGAAAUAUAUUUUAUUUUCAAUUGAAA